AUGGUUUCCGAGGAGCUGCUCGAGAGAUGCCUGCACAUCUUGCAGGAUCAGACCUUGGACGAGGAGGAGCAGGUGGAAAAGGUGGAAGAGUUCUUGCACGCAAACACCACCUUGUCCGGGUCGUCCUUGGAGAACGCGUCGCCAUACCGUAAUUCGUCGUGCCUCGCCUGCACCGUGGCAGAUGGCUCGCUCAUCUACGCCCUUGUCGCCCCAUUCCAACCUGGGAACCAGCCCCGGGAGUACCUCGUGGGUACAAAGCUCCCGCGGGGCGUUUUCCCGGCCUCCACUCUCCUCGACCGUCUCCCCGUUUACUUCUCCACCCAGUUGUCCGACUUCUAUGGGGACUUUGGCAGCGAUAGCAACGUCGACUGGCUUGUCGCAGACGAUGCCAACAGCACGACCUCGUCACUAGGCGGGCUCAGCGCUGCCGGGCUGAGUGCUACCGCGGCUGAGUUUGUGCCUGAUAUGAGCCCGCACGAUAUCUUGCGCACCGUGCUAGGCGAUCGACGUUCAAAUGAUGAAAUCGAAGCGGCUCUAGAAGCAAACAGCUACGACCUCGGCGCUACUAUCGCAUCACUGACUCAGGACCAAGAGGUGGACGUAUUCCCGAAACAGCACGACGACGGUCGUGUGGUGGUGGGCAAGUCUAUGGUAAUGGAUCAAUCACGCCCACUCACGCCCUCGGGUCAAAAUCGGAGCCCGAUAGUGUGCAAGUACUGGUUGUCCACUGGCCAAUGUCUGCGUGCAGACUGCCGCUUCAGUCAUGAUUUAACAAGUCAUGUGUGCAAAUAUUGGGUCAUGGGCAAUUGUCUGGCCGGCCAGGGCUGCCCAUUCUCUCAUGAUCCGUCCGCACUGAUAUCCAAUCUCAGUGUCACGGAUGGUAGUCGGCCAACCUCGCCACCGACCGGCUCUCCGUUUCAGGGCGACAGUGGCUCUGACGCAUUCCCACCAUUACAGUCGUCAGCAGGAGCAGAAGAUCCCUGGGGGCAACAAGCCUAUCCCCCCGGGCUGCAUCCGGGGAUGGGAAAACGUAAUGGAAGCAUGACGCAUCUUUCCCGUCCUACCAGCCGCCAUCAGAAUCGAGAACUCAACCCCACUGCCCCGUCCGUCGAUGACCAAGAUGCGUUUCCGACUCUCGCCGCAGUUAGCGCAAAGAAUGCCGGGAAAAAACAACAUGGGAAACGAGGCGGGCACAAUAACCGUGAGGGGAAUCUCAGCAGAGAGAACAUUCCACCCUCAUCACUGGCAGACGUCGUUCGCAUGACCCCAUCGCCAGCUCCUGGAAAAGGCAAAUUUAAGAACAAUAAGGAGACCAAGGGUCGUGAAAACAGUGCAGCGGCUCAGUCAAUCCCACCGCCGCAGAAUAUCCCCUGGCUCGAGACUGGUGGAAGAGCCAACCAGCAAUAUAUCAAAUACCGCACCGAAGCAAUCCGACACGGCACCGUGCGGAACAAAUUUCUGCAGAGUGCCGCGCAAGCUUGGAACCGAAACGAUGCUCGCGCCGCGAAAGCCCUGUCACUCCGUGGCCAAGCCGAGAACGAUGCGAUGCGCAGAUGCCAUCGCGAAGCAGCGCGGCAAUUGUACGAGGAACGCAAUCAGCAUUUGCACCAUGCAGGCCUGGACGAUUCGUCAGAAGAACUCUACGUUGAUCUGCACGGUCUCCAUCCCGAGGAAGCCAUUGAGUACCUAGAGAAAAUCCUUCUGAAGCACGCGCGAGAAGGGUUGCGGGUAGUCUAUGCUAUCACGGGCACAGGACAUCACUCGAAAAAUGGCAAGGACAAGAUCGGCAAGGCCGUCAAAGCCUGGCUCAACGAAUGGCGGUACCUAUUCCGCGAGUUCAGCGUGCCGGGCGAGCGCGGUGGCUACGUUGGCGGGAUCCUUGGAAUAGACCCAACCAGUUAUGACAAGUCUCUUGCCCGCACUAUUGGGAAUGCGACGGAGGGAGAUGCCAGCGAGCCUACUCUGACCAUGGGCAAGAUUCAGCUGCUGAAGCGCGAGGAUCUGGAGACGAAGGAUCAAUGA